CCGUGCCAGAGCCCGUUCAUGCCUACUCCUGCCCGCUCUUCUGGACUGAGUACGAAGGCCAUUGCUACCGGUACUUCCCCGUCAACAAAACCUGGGCUGAAGCUGACCUCUAUUGCGCUGAGUUCUCCAUUGGCAUCAGAUCAGCCAAGCUGGCCUCCAUCCACAGCUGGGAAGAAAAUGUCUUUGUGUAUGACCUGGUGAACAGCCGUGUGCCAGGCAUCCCCACCGACAUCUGGAUGGGACUCAACGACCUGCGGCAGGAGGGCCACUUCGAGUGGACAGAUGGCUCCUCCUACGACUACCACUACUGGGACGGCAGCCAGCCGGACGAUGGGAUCCACUCGGUGCCUGAGGAGGAGGACUGCGUGCAGAUCUGGUACAGGCACAGCAGCGCACUGCGCUCCUGGAAUGACAACGUCUGCAGCAGAGCCUUCCCCUUCGUCUGCAAGAUCCCCUCACUGGCCCUGGACUGACGCUGC